GGCUGACUGAAGGAAGAACAAGAUAGGAGUGGGAAAAGAGAAGCUUUCAGACAUGAAAACUUCGUUUGCCAGUUUGUGAGAUUUGGACAAUGGAGUUUAUGAGGCAUCUGGAAGUCAUCAACGAAACCAACUUUCCAAUGAUACCCAUAGAUAAGCACCUGACCGCCUCACUGCGCAUCCGGCAGGCAAUGGAGGAUUCUCUGAGGAAGGAUUUAAAGGAACAUCCACCCUCGUGCCUUAUUGGCUCCAUGCAGCAGGUGAACCAAAGGAUGGGUGGAAUAGACCUGAGUCUCAAUGAGAUGACCAAUAGCCUGGCGAUUGAGAAAUAUGAGAUGGAGAAGAAUAUUUUAAAAGAGAAAAGUCGCAGCAGCCCAGCAGACAGAGACAAGAGUUCGAAAAGAUUUCUACUUACCUGCAAAGGCUCAGAACUCCGGACUAGCAGGGUUUCCAUACCAAAAAGGAAAACAGCAGAUAAAAAUCUGCUGGCAGAGCGGUACGAACAUCCUCCAUUUAAUGAAGAGAAUCCUAACGAGCUUCCCAAUGGAGUGGACUUCUGUGACAUGGUGGGUAAUGUGAUCCGGGCCGAGAAAAACCCUUUAAGUGGCAAGUGUUUCUGUUCAGAUAGAGAAUUAGAGAAGUUUCUCUCUUCUCAUUCUCCCAAAGCCAUAUGGCUGGAUAGCUUCUGGUGGAUAUUUCAUGAGAAGUACCAGCCGAACAAGGAAAUCCAGCAUAAGCUGUUUGACCGAAUAGCCCAACAUUAUGCCAUCAUUUUGUUCCAUUUACCCAGGUCCCACUAUGAAGAGGCUCUUUUAAAAAAGUUCCCAUCACUUCUGAGCAAAGGUGUGUACACCAGCUUCUGCUGCUGCUUCCCACAGUCCUGGUUCAACACGCAUGAAUUUAAGACGGAGAUCUGCAACACCAUGAACCUGUGGAUAACAGGGACAUAUCCUCGUAUACAGAGCUAUAAGGAGUGGGACUAUUCAGAAUUGGAUCCAGAGAGAUUCCGGAGAGAGGAAUUACUGAAUCACAGAAAACGGCAGGCAAAAGGAAGAGAAUUUUCUCUCUUCAAUUUAAAGAAAACCUCUCUCAAGUCAGGCCAGAAAAAAAACAUCCACGCUCAGUCUUGUAGUGCAUAUUUGAUCAAUGAUAAACUCCCUCCUGGCAAGUUGAGUACAGAAGAAAGCUGGCAAUUGCAGGGUGCUACCAAAGGAUAUCCUCGUCGUCAGACCCUAGUCUGGAGGAAAGCCACACGACAAGUCAAGAGAAUAUCAGAAGCCAGAGAAUAUGUAAAUAUGUUUAAAGAGUCCUGCACUGCCUGCAAAAAUCCUGAGAUGACCCCCAGCCUUUUCAACCUCUAUGGAAAGAGCCCGCUGAUCAUGUACUAUCUUCUUAACCAUGCUACCCUGUGCCAUAAAGGCCAGGAUAUGCUGGUAACCCGACGGGAAUGGACCAAAGCCCUCCCUGACUCUGUCCCAACUUAUGCUCAUAUCAUCAACCUGUCCCUGUACAACAUGAAGAGGAGAAAGGAAAAACUCAGCCAGCUCAACCAGCUGCACUGGCAGGAAUGGAAUUAUUUUGAUAGUUACUUACAGGAACUGCAAGGCAACAUCUUGAGGCAGAUGAAGAGCAUUGAUAAAUUAGAAGCAGAAAAAAGGAAGACCAACUGCAUGUUCAUCCCGCCCUAUCCCCGGUUGGAAAUCAGGAAAUUGAAAGGAAACCUGAAAAAAAGAAGUUCUUUCAAGGUUGGUACAAACCAAAACCAUGGAAAGAGUUCAAGGGGGAAGAGUGUCAAGAAUUCACCCACCAAGACUGGGCCCUCUCUAGUCAGCACCAUCCUCCAGAACGACCUUCCCGCAUCCCAGGGUUCCUCCCAGCACCGUUCUUUCGCAGCUCCACUUGGCCCUGGGGGCCCGCUUCCGCCCCGCCCCCAGCGCCCCGCCCCCUGCGCCCCGCCCCCUGCGCCCCGCCCCCUGCGCACGGCGCACGGCCCCGCCCCUCAGAGCCCCACCCCUUCUGCACUCGGCGCUCGCCCCGCCCCUAGCGUGGUCAGGCGCUCGGAGCCGGCGGGUUUGGCGCCAAACGGUUCGGUCUUCGACGCGCGAGUCGCCAGAGCCGCGUUCUCAGUCGGAAUACUGGGCCCACCGCGGAAUCCCGAGCAGGGUUCUGAGAGAUUCGCCUUAAAGACCCUGAGGGGAGGCCAGGUGCGAGGAGAGGCAGCAGGGAAAUCGAGGCCCCUGAGGAACCCGAGGGAAGCUCCGGGGCGCCCCCUGGCGAUUGGGGCCCCGGCGCUGCUGUCCUCCCUGAAUGAGCCCGAGUCCGGCCGGGACGGGGGUCCCAGCCUCGUGCCGGUCAGGGAGGCCCAGCGAGGCCCGGCGAGGCCGUCCGAGCCCCAGGCCGCUGGGAGUCACUUGGUAGAACACCUCGGGAACCCUGUUUAUACCCCGGGGAGAAGAAGUGGAUGA